AUGCUCUCAAAUGCACAUGUCGCAGCCUGCGACCCAUCGCAAAGGAAGUCCUUAACACAAAGUGUGUGUGUGUGGGAAUUCCGUGAGCCUAUUGCAGCUUUUACAGAAGGAACUGGUUCCGAGCCUGUUCGUAGUAUCCGACAAAAGGCCAAGCACAUUGAGAUACUUAGAGAUGCAAAGUUAUUUCCAAGGGAUGACUAUCCAUGGCGGCCGCGAGAGGAGCUUGAGCAAGAAUUAGAUACGUGGGGUGACUGGCCCGUCGACGUAGAGACAGCUCUUGAUGAAGACCCUGCUCAGUUGGAGCUUGCCUUCCUUGUUGCGAAUUCACCCGAUCUGCAGACCUUCAUUAUGGACGGUCACCACAAGGCCAGUGUUUCGAGGUAUCGUAACCAUUACAUACUUCCGGUGUGGCUUUUUCCUAUCAUCCAAGUCGCCUGGCGGACGCCACUUAAAGGCAUGGACGAUUCAUUCUACCGAAAUCUGCAAACUCUCGACAUAAAUAUGCAGUUUGAUUUCGGCCCUGGCUUGACCUAUCUAUUCUUACUACCGACCCUCCGAACGCUUCGUCUGAGUUGUGUGGAAUGUUCAGUCCCAUUCCAGAACGAAGCAGAUUGGCCAAUUAAGAGCAGAUCGUCGUCGGUUGCUUCGCUCAUACUUGAUGGCGCCGACAUCUCUGGUACUCUAAUCAGACUUCUCAUUACCUCCUGCAGAAAGCUAUCAUGCUUUAAGUUCAAGCACGUGCGCGGGAAAGGAAGGCCUUUAAGCUGCUCGGCAGAGAUCAUGUCUGGUCUUGCGCAGCAGCAAGACUCGCUGCGUACUCUACAUUUUGAUCCAAGUAUACACUUGCCAGACCGAGACGACAUGACCUACACGCGUACCGAUGAUUUUUGGAAACUGCAUGCACUAGAGAGACUCUGUACGCCGUUCUCGGCUCUCCUUGGGGAACCUCAAUCAACGUACACUGGCGAAGAAAGUUGGCAGUACCCGCAAAUGAGAGAUGUGCUUCCACAUCGACUGCAAGAGCUAUCGUUAAACAUAGUACCUAUGAUGUUAUCUCAGGAGUACGAUGAUGGCUACCCUAGCCUCUUCUCUAGUGCCUUACCUUCAGAUAUGAAAGAUCUCCAUCUCAAACGGGUCUACGUGAGAUACGACCAUUUGUUACAGUCCGAACUGUUGCUCUUCGACUUUUGGGACAUCAAGAAAGUCUUCCUCGAACAAGGAGUCGAUUUUGACUACACUAUUCGUGACUGA